AGCAUGAAUAAUUGAAUGUGUGCAUUUCUUUACAGACAGGAGAAUCAAGAAGGGGAACAGCAGUUCAUGGAAGACAAGAAAAAGAAGAAAGAAGAGAAAAAGAAAAGGGAAACCUCUCAGAAGGUGCCAGAACAGAAAAUCAAAGUGCCAGAACCAGCCAAGCCCUCCUGUUCCCAGCCACUCACCGCCCCAGGCUCAGUGUCCCCCAGCUCUGGCCCAGUUUCCCCAUCAUCACCCAGUCCUGGUGCAGGUGGGGGUUCCGCCCAAGUCCCUCCUGGUGGCGGGAACAAUGCAAAGCAGCGGACUGCUGUGGCCAACGGACAGCCCUCCUCCUCGUCUCCUUCUGGAAGUCAAAGUUCACAGCAGCGAUACAUGUCUAGAGAAGUCCCACCACGAUUUCGCUGCCAGCAGGACCAUAAAGUGCUACUGAAGAGGGGCCAGCCACCGCUGUCCUCCAUGCUGGUGGGGGGAGGGGAUUCCAGUACAGGAGGAGUCGGAGGAGGCAGUGGCUGGGAUGGUUCCCCAUCUUUACAGGGGCCAGAUAGCCCUAAUGCAAACACAGAUGGAAAUACAGAUUCCAACGUGGGUUCAUCUUCCCCUUCACCUCCCAGCUCAUCCUCAUUUUGUGUUGCUGCUCUGUCGUCUUCUACUACUACUUCAACUUAUGCAAAUUCCACAUGGGGGGCAGGCUCCAGCAGCCAGUCCUCCUCUCAGGGCUGCAGGAAGGUGUUUAUGGAUGGGACUGACCUGGAUGACUGGCCCAGCAUCACUGCUGGCCCCAAACUGAGUUCUGAAGGGGCUGGAGGAGAGGUGCAGGAACAGGACUGCCCUGGUAACAACAACAGUAGUGCCUCAUGGGGGGAGAUAAACAUGCAGCAGAAGGGAGGAACAGCAGGAGGAGGAGAAGGGAACCUGGACAAUCUUUUCCCACCUUGCUCUUCUGCUCUUUCUUCUUCCUCCUCGCCUAAUGAAUGUGCUCAGCCAAGUGGUGUGUGGGUGUCUUCCACUUCGUCCCAAGUGGAGGUAGGCCAAGGCUCGGCAGCAUCUUACAAUUCCAAAGUCUCCCAUCUUCCUGGGUCUCAAGAGAGCCCUUUGGGUGGCAGCAGCAGCGUCCCUGGUGCCAAUUUCAACCCUAAUGUGAACCCCUCUGCCUGGCCUGCCCUGGGGCAGGGCGGGACCGCCGUUUCGGCUUGCAGCGGCUCAUUGCAGCACUCGUCCAUGACUUCAACUUUCUCAUUUUCUGCCAGCACCACUGUCAUCACCACUCAAACACUUUCAUCUGUGAAUCAAACUGGUCUUUACCAGCAGCACACUGAAACCGCUGUGGAAGCCAAGACUGGAGAACAGCAGCAACACUUAGGAAAUCCAGUGCUGGGGCCAUGUUCAGGCGGGGCGAUGAAAGAAGCCGGACCAAAUCAGGAAGGCAGCAAUGAGGAAAAUAAGGUUGAUGGUGAAGGUGAAGCGAGUGAGAAUUUUUCUGGCUCUUCGUCUUCCUCCUCUGCUGCCUCUUCAUCUUGGAGGGCCAUGCCUCCGGUGUCCUCUGAACUUGGGACAGGUGCCUCACAGGCAGAUGGGUGGGGCGGAGGGGGUACUGGACCUGAGGGGCAGGAAGGGAAUGUUUGGAGGUUUGAUAGCCAGGAUGAAAAAGCAGGAUGGGGCAAGGGAACUGGUGGAGGGCCAGUCAAACCAGUUGUAUCUCAGGGAGCUUGGGAAGGAGGGAGUACGGAAGCAAAUUGGGGUGGCACUUCAGAAAGUAUCAGUUCUAUUAAUUUAGCAAUAGGAAGUGGAGAAGUGGAGGGGAGCAGCAUCAGCAGCAGUACGGACAGUGUGGGUGGUGGUGGCAGCUGUUCAGAGGAAUCUGCCUCACAAAAUUUAGCAACUAUGACAAAAGCUUUGGACAAUCAGAAAGGGAUUGAAGGUGGGGAUGGGACGGUUGGGGAGUGGGGAGGAGUAGGAGGGCAGGGUGUUGCCGUUGGAGGUGGUGGAAGACAUUCAUCAUCUAGUGGCAGUGGAUCCGUAGCUGGAAGCGGAAGUGGACACGAGCGCUCUGCGCAGCAUUGUUCCAACCAGUCCUCCCAGGCAGAAGUGGCCUUAGUUAGCAUGCUCAACCGAUCUGACCUGGACCCCAGGGUUCUGUCCAACACGGGCUGGGGGCAGACUCAGAUAAAGCAAAAUGUGGCCUGGGACCUGGACACCUCAAAAGGUGUAGGGAAAGGAAAUGAAAGAAACCCUUCAUCUUCCUCUGCAUUAUCAUCAGUAACCAUAAACACUACCACUAUUCGCAGUUCUAGGUACCCAUCUGAGAGUGGUUCGGUGUCGAAUGAUGCGUCGCCUGGCAGCCUAAACUCUGCUUCUGCUACAUCCAGGGAUAAUUGGGAUGGUGGUACUACACAGCCCACUGGUGGUCCUUUUAUGCCUAGUAGCACCAUAAGGAAGCCGGGAUCACCAGAAGACAAUAUAAUGGGUGGCCAAGGAAAGUCAGCGGGGGGAUGGGGAGAACUCCCAUCUGAGAAAGAGGGCAAAGGAUGGAGGGCGGAUGACCAACAAUGGGGAGGUCACAGGGGAGGAAGGAAAAACUGGCAAGACUUUGAAAAACAGGGUAGUGGGUGGGGAGAUGGAGCAGAUGACAAAGGAACAGGGGGAUGGAAGGGAUCUACAAGAGGAGAAACGAGUGGUUGGGGAGAAGAAUGGGGAAAGAGAGACUCCACAUCUGGAGCUGGGUGGGGAGAUGGGAGGAGUAGAGUCGGAGGCAACUCUGAUGAGGGAUCCUCCUGGGGAAAGCUGGAUGAAGAGGGAUCUCAGCGUGGAGGAUGGGGAGGAGGAGGAGAUGUGGGUGGAGGCAAAUCCCACAAAGACUGGGGGAGCGCCAAACCCAACACAGCACCGAUACCAAACAGCCAUGUGGCACCAACAAAAGCCCAAAAUCAACAGCAGCAGCAAUCACAGGGGCAGCAUCCACCGGGAGGGUGGAACAACCGGCCAAGUGUUGGAGGCGGAGGUCAACUUUCAAAGAACCAGAACCAAAGUUUGGGCUGGACCUCUGGCCCAAUUCCUCAAAUAUCUGGGGGUGUCAGUGACUCCAUGGAGCCCAGUGGCUGGGAGGAACCUUCCCCUCAGUCCAUCAGUCGGAAAAUGGAAAUUGAUGAUGGCACAUCAGCCUGGGGAGACCCAACGCGCUACAACAACAAGAAUGUGAACUUGUGGGACAAGAAGAGUACUGCACCGGGCCCAAACCACAGUCAGCAGGGCCCGCCACCACCAAUGCAACAACAACCUCCAAGAAGGCAGCAUAGCAUCAACACGAACCCUGGCAGUGCUGCAGUGGGCAUGUGGGGAGGAGGUGCACAAAGUGUGGAUGAUGGUACAACGGCUUGGGGCCAGACAUCAGAUGCUCCAACAGGCUGGGGUGAACCAGAUGAUUCCAGCAAACCAUCUGGCUGGAGGAACCCUUCACCCAACCCUAGUAAACCUGGAGUAAAGUCAGUAGAAAGCUGGGGCGGAAAGGGUGAGAGCUCCAUCGUAGCGUCCAGGCAUCCAAGCUGGGAGGAAGACGAGGACAGUGGUGGUGGAGUCUGGAACAGCACGGGUUCUCAGGGAAGCAGCUCUUCAUUUAACUCUGGAGGCUGGGGUCAGAGUCAUGCUGGAAAGAGGGGAAACAUCAAGAGUGGAGGAGGAGACAGCUGGAUGAAUCCAGUGUCACGCCAGUUUUCCAACAUGGGUCUCUUGGGUGACGAUCCAGGUGUUGAAAAAAAAAUUGAUGGGGACAAGAGAGGAAUAAAUGACUAUAAUGGAGAGAUGCGAAGAGGAGGAAGAAGUGGAGGAGGGUACCGCAUGCCUAGUUCCAAAGACAUGGGUUCUGGUGACAUUGGACCCUAUGGUGAUAAGAUGGGUGGCCAUGGAAUGUUUGUUGCCGGUGGAGGAGGGAUGCCUCAACCUCGAGGGAUGCACCAGCCUGGCAUGCAUUCGAUGAACCCCUCCCCAGGGUUACGGGCUCAAGUGCCUCAUCAGUUCCUGUCUGCACAGGUGCCGGGUCCCAUGCUGAAGCAGAUGUCCUCUCCUGGUGGCAGCGUGGGGGGAGUAGGAGGUGUUGGAAGUGUCGGUGGGGUCGGCGGCGUUGGUGGAGGAGUCUUCCCACCUCAGAUUUCCCCACAGCAGCUUGCAAUGCUCAGCAACAUUUACCCUCACAUGCAGCAGCAGUUCCAUCUGGCUUGUCAGCUCCUGAUACAGCAGCAGCAACAGCAGCAGCUUCUCCAGAACCAGAGGAAGUUCCCACAACCUCAGCCUCUGAGACAGCAGACAGACACACAGCAGCUGGCGAGGAUCAUGGCUAUUCUCCAGCAGCAGAGGCAACAGCAGCAGGUUGGAGUGGGAGGAGCAACAUCUGGAGGAGGAAACUCCAAGCUGUCCCCCUCUCACCUGGGAGGAGGAGUGUCCAAGCAAUCCAUGGGAGACCCUCUUCCACACACUGGAAUCGGGGGUCCCUUAUCGGAUCUUCAUGCCAAAACACAAGGAAUGUACACUGGGCUUUCAGCUGGUGGUAACCUGUCUACACUAGAACUCAGUCCCAUGAUGGGGGGCAUGAAGGACAUGAGUGGACAACAGUCCCGCUUUAAAUGGAUGAUGGAGGGACAUUCCCCAGCUCCCUCUCCUCCGGACACGGCCCUUCACAAGAACGGCCCUUUACCCAGUGCGAUAAAGGUUCGAGGAGGGUCUCCUUACUCCCAGUAUGAAAUGCUGGGCAGUGAAGGUUUAGGGAUCCCACCUCAGGGCUCUGCAGACAGCUGGCACCGGACUCCUGGUAGUAAAAUGGGAAACAAACCUGCCACUUCAAGCUGGCCUCCAGAGUUCCAGCCUGGUGUGCCAUGGAAAGGAAUACAGAGCACAGGGGACCCAGAGUCGGAUCCCUACAUGACCCCUGGCAGAGUUCUUGGCUCCCCAUCAUCCCCAAACCUCAAUGAUCCUGACCACCCGUUACUGCGAGACAAUAUAGGGCCAAACCCGUCCCUCAACACCUCGCUGCCUUCACCUGGUGCCUGGCCCUACAGUGCCUCAGACAACUCCCUCAGCAAUGCACACAGCACAGGAAAGUACUCCGAGUACAAGCCCAGCUGGCCUCCAGAGCCCAUCGGACAAAAUAAGUUAUGGAAGACCAACCGCAAUAGCUCACAGCUGCCGCGCCCCCCUCCCGGCCUAGCCAAUCAGAAGCAGGCCUCGCCCUCCCCGUGGGGAACUGGAGGUCCACGGUUGGCCCGGAGCUGGGGAGGGAUGAAUCAAGAGUCAAGAUUUGGGUCAGGCUCAGCUUGGAGUGAUGAUGGUACCUCUAGAAGCAGCUGCUGGCUGCUGCUGAGAAACUUGACCCCUCAGAUUGAUGGCUCCACACUGAGGACUAUCUGUAUGCAGCACGGCCCCUUGCUGACCUUCCACCUGGGCCUAACCCAGGGCAGCGCUCUGGUUCGAUACAACAGCCGGCAGGAGGCAGCCAAGGCUCAGGGUGCUCUUCACAUGUGUGUUCUGGGAAACACCACAAUCCUGGCUGAAUUUGUGAGUGAAGAAGAGGUUGCACGCCAUUUUGCACAUUCCCAGACUGAAGGGGCCAGCUCAGGAGGAGCAGCAGGCAACGGAGCGCCCAAUUCAUCCGGAACGGGAACAGCUGUGGCCAGCAGUGGUGGGAGCUCCCCGGGGAGCGAGCGACCAGCGGUGGGCACAUCUUCAGGUGGAAAUGGAAAUGGAGGUGCUGCAGUGGAAAGAUUGCCAAGCUCUGGAUGGCAGAGUCUUGAUAAUACAGGCACUUCUUCAGAAACAUCUUCAGCCCAGGGACCAGGGCUUGCGAUAUUCUCCCAGUGGAGCACUAACGGGGCAGGGGAAGGAGGUGUUGGCGGAGUGGAGAGUGGGAGGUCGGGGCUAUGGGGGGGCAUAAAUGCAGGUUACUCGAGCAGCAGCCUGUGGGGAGCACCACAAAUGGAGGAAAGGCACCAAAUGGACAGCUCUGCUGGACUGUUGCCUGGCGACCUGCUGGGGGGAGGGGCCGAUUCUAUCUGAUAAGCCCUCUCCAUGAGUACGAUUGGAUUCGAACACACUGAUAGGGCAUACACUGGGAUACAUAUGUACUUAAUAUGGCACACACAUUUACAUGAUAUGCAUAUUGAUGUACUGAAUACAUACCCAUGCAUACGUAUACUAGUAUGCAUAUUAAUGUGCACACACUUAAAGCAGAAAUGUGACAGUUGCUUACACACAUUCUCAUGGCCAGACUUAAGCUAUUAUAUAAAAAACAAAUGCAGGGACUGUUAGAUGUGUAUUCAGCCUUUUUUUUCCACACAUGAAGAUUUCAACUGCUUAGACUUGAAACCUGAAAAAGAAUGGAAAAAAAAAUCAGUGAGUCUCAAAGACUCGACUGGAUUGCAAUGUGCUUAGUAAGUAGGGGACUUUUUAUCCAAUUUACACGAACAUGCACACACCAAAUACAGAGAAGCCUUCAGACAGACAGGCACUGUAAACAGCAUUACCUUCAUCAUUUAAGAGAACACUGAGGUCGAGAGCGGAGUUUGUAUUCACAUCCCCUUAAAGACAGAGAUUGAAUCCAAACACAUGCAAACAGCUCUGAUUAAGAUCAGGGCUGUAUCUUACUGUGUAUGUUAAGUUUGUUUUGUUCCUGUUUUGUUUGGAUGUAUGAUUUUAAUCUUUGAACAGUGAAACUUUGGAGAAAAAAAAAAAAGUAAUUGAUUUGUUUUCCAAAUGCUGACCUCCUACUGUUGUAUCUCACGCACUCUGUUUUAUUGUUUUUUUUUUUUCUGUAAUUUGUUCUUGAACAUGUUUGUUACUGUUGCAGUGAUACAUGUUUAAUUGCUGGCAUUUUCAGGCUACGAUGCAUUUCUCCAUGUGUCGAUGCUGCGUGCAGCGUCAUACACACUGAGUAUGAGUGAGACUGAGACCAAGUAAGUGGAUUAAACCAAUGCAGUCGCUGUGCAUGUGUGCGAGAAUGUGACGAUGAUGUGUGCGCAUGGUAAUGCCUGUCAUAAUGUGGGUAAGGCUGCUUACUUAUACAGAAGGUCUAUACAAACAAAUGUUCUGAGUGCAUUUGGUAUUCUGCUGACUGCCUGUUAAGAUAUAUUGGCACUAAUGCUUUUUUUUCCCCUUUUAUUUGAAGUGUUUUAUUUUAUUUUUUUUAGUAGAUAUGUCUUUUUUUUAUUGUCUGACCUGCAAUAAUAAAAAAACAUUUUAAUGACACAAAGAGCUGAAGGCAUAUGCGUUGAGAAAAUGGACAUGCCAAAUCUUAUCAAACUGUGUGCAGUGGGAGGGGAGGGGUGGGGCGGGUUGUUUACAGAUACAGUGUAAGCGUUACCGUUCGUUUUUAAUGGUUUGUUGUUGUGUAUUUGUUUUAAAUUAAGACAGGCUUUAACACUCCUGUUCAGUGUUUUUGUUUUGAGAUUUUACAGAAGAAAAAUUUAUUUAAACAAUGAGAACAAGAUUAAUAAAGAUGAAAGUAUUGGCUUCUAA